AUGGCAGAAAGCAAAAGAGGGUUAAUGAUGUUCAGGCCUUUCUUUCAGAAACUACGAAAGAGGUUCUCGAGUUCAGCAUACAGCACAUCUCCAGAACUCAACCAUGACAAAUUCGAUGAAGACAUGAGCGUCGGUAAAGCAGUGCCAGGCGAUGUUAAGGAAGGAUUUUUUGCUGUCUCUGCAGCGAAUGGAAAAGAAACACAGAGGUUUGUUAUUGAAUUGGACCACUUAACAAACCCUGAAUUCCUAAGCCUACUCGAUGAAGCUCGGGAAGUAUAUGGAUCCCAUCAAACGGGGGUCCUUUCUCUCCCUUGUCAGCCUCAUGAAUUAGAGGAGAUUCUUGAACACAGCAAAGAAAACAAUGUCUGCAUUGAAAGUCAGGAUAUGAUGUUAAGCAUGGACUGCAAUGCAACAGCUAACUAUAAAGCUCACCAGCAGCAGCAGACCAGCUUUAGAAUCGAAUAG